AUGCCCGCCACGUCUUCGGCGUUCAGCCGUAUUUUUCAGCCGCUUACACCGGCCGUGCCCCGGCGGCGCGCCGACGUUAUCGCUACCGAUACCACCGCGCCGCUGCGUAUGCGGACAGGGACCACGACGUUAUCGGCGGCAAAGCGCUCUGGGACGAGCCAAGGGGACGGGGAGUGCAUUGUGGCGCUCAUCGACAAUCGUGCCAAUGAGGUGGGCGUGGCCGUGUGCAAGUUUCCAUCCCUGGCAGUAGUCAUCACACAGUAUGGUGACAGCGUGGCCUUUGCCAAGACCUUGUCCUUCGUGUUCUCCCGCAACCCUGUUGAGGUGCUUGUGCCGGAGACGGCGGUGGGGGGGAAGUUGGUGCAAACGCUGCUGCGUCACUUUCGCGACAUCACCUUCACAGGAGUGCGGCGCCGCACCUUUGACGAGGCCCGCGGUGCCCACCGUCUGCUGGAACUCAUGUCAACCGACGAGGCUUGCCUGGAGGUUGGCAACACGGACCGCUACCUCUGUGUGGCGGCGGCCAACGCCCUGGUCGAGUUUCUGGAGACGACGUAUAACUACACGCUACUUCCGCAUACCGUGCGGGUGCAGUAUCUAGCGCUGGAAAAUUACAUGGAGGUCUCUCGGCUUGCGGCGCGGGCGUUGCAGCUUAUCCCGUCCGGCUCGCCACUCCGCGCCCAGCGAGGCGGCCCGCUGCACAACGAGACUGCAGGGACUGCAAACAAUGCACGAACGGCCCGCAAGACACUUUUCCGUAGUUCACGCGAUAAGCGGCAGGACACACCGAUGCUGCUGCCACUUGUGGAGGUGUUGAAUCACACAAUGACAAGUGUAGGCCGACGACUGCUGCGCUCCACAAUUCUGCAGCCGCUGCGGGACCCUACAAGUAUUGAGCUUCGCUACGACAGCGUUGAGUGGUUGCGGCACGAUGAAGAGGCAAUGACUGCGCUGCGGCGUUCGCUGCGUUUGCUUGGGAAAGACGACAUGGAACGCUCCAUUUCCAGCUUUUCGCAUGAGCCAAAGCUGCAGACCAUUAAGACUAUGCAGCAGCGAAUUGAGGCCGUUGUGACGUUGUGGCAACAGCUAGGCGCCGCCACGCAGCUUACGGCUACUUUGCGUGAGUGUUUAGGUGGGGACGACGACACAGUGCAGGAUCGCGGCCAUGAUAUCUGUUCUUGCCACAACAGUGAGGACAGUGAGAGGGAUGACAGCGAUGCGGAGGAUUCCUCUUGUGAAGAGCAGCUGCGUCGCAAGCGGCGCAGAGUGGAUGAGGCAUUUCAAGGGUUCCAGAAAGGUGCUACCACGCAUUCUCACAGCAUGAAUAAAGGGGCAACUGCAGGUGCUGUAAGGAGUCGUCGCCGCACAAGUACGCUUCUCUGCAAACUUCUUGAGACUCUGACGGUCUGCCGUAUGGAGGAAAUCUGCAGCGAGAUUGCCGUACACCUGGACGAAAGCGUCGUUCGCGCCACGAGUGGGAUGGGAGCACAAAAUGGUACCGGAGUGACGCAGCGAGCACGACGACCUAGCCAUGCCAUCUUACAAGUGCAGCACUGCUUUGCGGUGAAGCCCAACAUCAGCGGCACUCUUGAUAUAGCCCGUUACCAGUACAGUCAGGCCGUGGAGUCGAUGUUUGCUCUAGCAGAAGAGCUAAGACAAAAGUACUGUGUUGGUUCCCUGCGUGUUGUCUAUGAUGACGUACGGGGCUAUCACUUCUCCUACGAUGCUCGUCAUGAGUGUAAUGCGCCUGACGCCAUCUUUCUGCAGAAAUACUCUGGUGGAAGUCACUACUCACUUUAUCACAGUAGUUGCAUGAUGAUGAUGGAUGAGGAGGUGAAGGAAACACGUGCCCUCGACAGGGGCAAUCAUGUUUAUGGUGGCGGUGGUGGUGGAGGUGGGAGCAGGGUUCACGCUCUGGCUACCGGCAGCACCUCGCCUCUGCGUGACGAAUGUGUUUCUCUGGGUCAGAACCGUUUCCGCCCGUAUUCUGCGUUUGAGGCCUCCGAGUCAACAGGCGGGGAGCAGCGUGAGUGCCGUAGGGAGCACCAACUCACAAAGCACCAAGUGCGUGGCAGGCGGGUGACAUGCACCACCAAAGAGUUGCUGGCCCUUCGCCGUAAUGCGGACGAUGCGGUGACAGAGAUCCUUCGCACGCAGGACAGCCUUGUGCGCCUCCUAAUUGAGUAUCUUCGACAGCGGCUGGGGAAACUGCAGGCCGUAUGUGAUGCGGUCGCCAUGUUAGACCUGUUGGUGACAUUUGCGACGUAUUCUCGGCUUAACGGCUGCGUCCGACCGACGUUGUUGAAAUCCGACAGGCUGUUGGGGGACGGCGGGGGCACAUACUUUUUUGGAGGCCCGCCACCCGGGUGGCCUGUCGACGGCGAACAGCAUCCGCUGGGACGAGGGUGUCAAUGUGCUGCUUGUCACAGGGCCGAAUGCCGCGGGGAAGACGACCCUGCUGCGCCAAGUUGGGCAGCUAAUUGCGCUUGCGCAAAGUGGGUGUCUUGUUCCUGCCAGAGAUGCCGUACUGCGUCCGUGUGA